AUGGAACACGACUUGAAGAUGAGCGGGUCUCAGGCUGAGAUCGAGGAGAAGGACUGUCCCCCACCAGAGGAACUGGAGUGUAAAAUCUGUUACCAACGCUACAAUGCCCACAACCGUAAGCCUAAGAUCCUGGACUGCCUGCACCGGGUCUGCGUCCGCUGCCUCGUUAAGAUCUUGGACAUCGCCGACGGGACGGGCUUCAUCUCCUGCCCCUUUUGCCGACACCAGACCGAGGUCACAGAGUACGAGGUGUCAGCCCUCCCCGAUGAUGCUAUCAUCAUGUCCCACUUGGCAAUGCGGGACAAAUCCUGGAGCUCCGACCACAAUAAGGAGGUGCUCCUGACUCCAACGAGUUUCUCCUCCUCCAGCCCGUCUCACGACUCCUCCAACUGCCUGGUCAUCACUAUAAUGGAAGUGCAGGGGGGCUCACAGCACUCCCCGGGCCGAAACGGCAGCUCUGACGUCUACGCCGAGCAGAGCCUGGACUCGGUGUCAAUGGGCUCCAAUGGGCCGGUUGAUCAGGACGCCCUGUCCAAGUUCUGUAAUCAUGUCCCGCGCAUCCUGGUCUGGCUGCUGGGUUUCUUAUACUUUGGCUCACUGCCUCUAGGAAUUUACUUGUUGGUGAUCCAGAGAGUGACACUGGGCAUUGUGUGUGUUAGCUUGGUGCCAUCGAGCCUGACAGUUUGCCUGGUCUACGGGUUCUGCCAGUGCCUGUGCCAGGGCCUGUGUGACUGUUCCUCCAGGGGCUGA